AUGAAUAUUGUCCGAUCAACGCCGUGGGACGAGCUCAUCCGCAACAAAUCUCUCGCCGUUGUUCUCGGCCUCGUUUCCCAUGUCCUUCUCAUGCAAGGUGAACCCGACCAUCAAGGACAUAUUAUUUUCUCAGUGUGGAUGGUCGCCUUCGGUAUCGCAACGGUGACUGAGUAUGCAACGGAUAGUCGCGUCAAUGGCAUCUUCCAAGCCCUCGCAGUAUCUGGGUUGACCGCCACUGUGUAUUUCGCGGCAUUGCUCACAAGCAUACUCCUCUAUCGAGGGUUGUUUCACAGACUACGGAAGUUCCCUGGGCCCUUCCUUGCCCGCUUUUCUAAAUUCUACAGCCUUAGUCUCGUCCUCCCCGACUGCCAGUACUAUUUCCAGGUCGAGAAGUUGCACGAGAAAUACGGCGACAUUGUGCGCACAGGUCCCCGAGAACUUAGCAUCGCAAACGCAGACGCUAUUUCAUUGAUCCACGGCCCAACGAGUCGAUGCACCAAAGGUUCCUGGUACGAUAAUUCGAAGGCCAUUGAGGGCUCCUCGCUGCAUACAACGCGCGACAAACGAGACCACAAGGAACGCCGCAAGAUCUGGGAGCGAGCAUUUAACGCCAAAUCCCUACGCGAGUACGAACCCAGGCUAAACCGGCAUGGCCGGGCACUAAUAGAAAGGCUGAGGGAGCAUGCCGCCGAACCCGCACUCCGAAUCUCGAACUGGAUCAAUUUCUACAGCUUUGACAUCAUGGGCGAUGUGGGAUUUAGCCGCAGUUUUGGAAUGAUGGAGAAGGGGAAAGAAGAUAUAUUGAUCGAGCAAUUGCACAAGAGUAUGGCACCCGUCAGUUUACUUACCCAUGUCUACUGGCCAAUGAGCUUGUUGAUGCGGACGGUUGGUGUCGAAGACAUUAUGGUAUUCAUGAGAUGGACGAGUCAAGUUCUGAGGGAGAGGAAGAAGACUCAACCCAAAGAGAAUGAUGUUUUCGGAUGGCUUAUCGACCCUAAUGACGAAGAUAUACCGCUGCACCUCAACGCGGACACUCGUCUGCUUGUCGUGGCUGGAAGUGAUACCACGGCUGCAACUCUAACCUGGCUUUUCUACGAGCUGUGCAAGAACCUAGAUGUACAAAAAAGGCUCCGAAAAGUUGUCGACGACCUCGCAGGCGAGAAGGCUUUCCUCGAAGUCGAAGAUGUAGCAAAUUGUCCACAUCUAGAAGGCGUCAUCAAUGAAGCUUUAAGACUUCAUCCUGCUGUCCCCAGCGGCGUCCAACGGGAAACCCCCCCUGAGGGCCUCGUCCUACCCAACCACGUUCAUAUUCCCGGCAACACCCUUGUCUGGAUGCCCAUGCACACACUCCAACGCAAUCCCGCCUACUUUCCUGAUCCGCUAAAAUUCAUGCCUGAACGCUGGACCGACGAAGCUUCUUCUACCCACCUGCUCGACAAACGCGCAUUCAUGCCGUUUAUUACAGGGCCGUAUAACUGUAUUGGCCAGAAGCUGGCCAUGAUGGAGAUGAAGAGUGUGACCGCGAAUCUGGUGCGUGCGUUUGAGAUGAGGUUUGCGGAUGGCGAGAACGGGGAGAGCGUGGAGCAGGAUACGAAGGAUGUGUUUACGUUGAAUGUCGGGAAGUUAGAUGUAAAGCUGACACUGAGGAGUGCUUGA